UUGUUUUUCAUUGAACUUCACUUCAUUCCAUUUUUAUUAGAGUCAUCACCCCAUCAUGCGUAAAAAAUCUACAUAAAAAAAUAACAGUUUUUCUAUUCAAAAUGGUUAAAGGAGCGUUAAAAUUUGAAUUCAGAGAUGUAUCAUCAGUCUUCCAAAAAAUACGGGAGUUCAUAUUGGGGGGCAAAUAUAAGUUUCACAAUCGAUUUCCGUCGGUGAUAUCACCACGGUCUAUUCCGCGCCCCGAAAUUCCUAAGGGGCCUGAGCUCAAAUAUGACCGGUGGUACACGAAACGGCAUGUGCUGGACGCUGUGAAAUCUCCCGUUAUCGUACCGGUUGCUGAAGGAAGCCUCAAGGGAACAGGAUUCCCUUGCGUUAUGAAGUCAGAUGCAGUGGCAUUUAACUGUCCUCCAUCGGCGGGCUCGCCAUGGUUGCUCGAUGGCCACUGUUACUACGAGUUCGUAACUAUGACGUCGGGUUCCCCUCAGCAACCCAAUAAUCCCUGUGACGACCAGCAACAACAGCAGCAGCAACAACAGCAGCAGCAGCAACAGCAGAACAGAAACCAACAAUGCCCCGAUAAUAGGCAACAACAACAAAAUCAGAAUCAGAACCAGCAAUCCAACCCGUGCAGGCAAAACCCUCAGCAAGGUUGCCAAUAAUGAGUGCAUUCAAAGUGAGGACCUAUCGUAGCCACGUCUUAAUGUAAGAUUGAGUCAUUGUGGAAGAGAGAGGCGUCGAACUAUGUCUAUGGUGCCAUGCCUCUCUCCCUCAACGGCUUCUCUUACUUUGAGACUUGGCGGUGGGCCACUUUUCUAAGCACGGUGUUGUGCCACCGACUUACUUGCGAGGUGGCAUUUUAUUCCAACAUUGAAUGACAGUUUGAACUGAAAGUUUUCUAAUCAUAAAAUCUAACAGUACUUAUAAUAACUUCUCUACUGAAUUUGACACUAUAACAGCGUGAAACAUAAAACUGCUGUUUAAAUUGAUAUAUAAAUUCUUGAUUUAUAUUAGUGUAUUGGUAUAUUACAUCAUGUUGUAGAGACUGAAAUAUGAAUUAAAUUGUCAUCAUAAAAAGAUCAAA